AGACGCUGGAUCGUCAAUUUGGCCUGGUGCCAUUACCUCGAGUUUGAAAGGAAGUACUAUGUUCACAAACAUUCUACUGCUUGCGACCACUGCGAUCGCGCUGGUCGUGCAUGCCGCUGAAGCACCAACGAAAGCAAAUUCUACCAUCAAGUUUGAUACCUUGGACGCACUGUACAGAGGGAAUCAGAGGUUCCGAGCCAGUGCAGGAAGGCGGGCGGUAGCAGCCCGAGUGGUAGAAGAACCACCAUCUUUCAUGUUUAUCGGCUGCUUGGACAAUAGGUACAUCGCAAAUUUAGAGGGGUUCUUCCACAUAUACUCAACUUUUGAAAGAUUGAGCCCUGCAGCGAUCUUCCAGACACCCGUUGGAUCCAUCGUCUCGCAAAACAAUAUUGCAAAUCAGUAUUCUUCAAAGGAUAUAAGCACGGAUACGGCUGUGACAUACGCAGUGGAAACGCUCGAUGUUAAGCACAUCAUCGUACUCGGACAUUAUGGCUGCAAAGGUGUGCAAACCGCCAUUAAUGGAACAAAGAGUCGUCCCAACGGCCCCGCAACCAAAUGGAUCCAGCCCGUGAUUGACAUGUACCGGAGAUCUCGAAGGCAAGAAAUCGUUCAGCUUCGCGAUUCGAGAAUGCCGCGGAGAGGCCUCAGGAAUGGGGUCACAGAGGCUCCCAAGGCUGAUGAACCCGGCUUUCGGGCACUGGUCGAGGAAAACGUGAAGAAGAGCGUGAAAGCAUUGCGGAGUCAAAGCAUCCUUGCGAAGGCGUAUCAACGAGGUGCCAAAGGGAACGGGAAGAACACAGGCAUUGAAGUGUUUGUGCAUGGGCUCGUCCAUGACCCGGCCACUGGAGAGGUAAAGAACCUGGGCGUGUCAUUUGGCCCACCUGGUAAAAAGGUGCCAAAGGUUCCGUUUGCGGCGAUUGCUGCUGCAAAAAACUUUCAGGGAGAUAAGCACUUGCCUGGAUUUUUUACGGGUAAGAAAUUGAAGUCAGUGUCGAUUACGUAAGAUGUAUGGUGCUUUCAAGUUAAACUUGGCUUGCUUCUUGCUUGCUUCAGCUCUC